CCUCCACUGAACGGAUGCGACACGCACACCGUGAAUGAGCGUAAACAUAUUAAAAACGCACGGCCCGGUAAACACCGCCACUGGGUCUGCUGUCAUUGGUUUCCUCAGUGCCGCUUUGAUAUCAGAUUGUCCGGUUUGUCAGUCGAUAUAAGAGAAAGAGAGCAGUAGAAGAGGAGGAGGCCACUCCUUUGUAAAACUGUGCGGACAUUCAACAAGCUGAUGCGGUGAUCUGUUUACAUUUAUUCAAGGGUUUGAUGUGUGUGUUUGGAUACUCCGGUAGAUUUUACAUUCAUGAACAUUCUCGUGUCGGAUCUUAAAAUAGUGACCCGAAUGCAGGCAAAAGUUGAGGAGAUCGUACUGCAUCACUAAUCCAGGACGCAGUGAAGUGAAAGCACAGGACUGCCCACACAGAUCGCAGUCAUGUUGGAAGAGGACAUGGAAGUGGCCUUUAAGGUGGUGGUGGUGGGGAACGGAGCUGUCGGAAAGUCCAGUAUGAUUCAGCGAUACUGCAAGGGCAUCUUCACUAAGGACUACAAGAAGACCAUUGGGGUCGACUUCCUGGAAAGACAAAUAAUAGUUAACGGUGAGGACGUCAGACUGAUGUUGUGGGACACUGCAGGACAGGAGGAGUUUGAUGCCAUUACCAAAGCCUAUUACAGAGGUGCCCAGGCAUGUGUGCUGGUGUUCUCCACUACAGACAGAGAGUCAUUUGAGGCCAUUAGCAGCUGGAAGGAGAAGGUGGAGCUGGAGGUUGGGGACAUUCCCACUGUCCUGGUGCAGAACAAGAUUGAUCUACUGGAGGACACGGUUAUCAAAAAUGAAGAGGCUGAAGGUCUGGCUAAAAGACUGAGAUUAAGAUUCUAUCGGACGUCAGUGAAGGAAGAUCUCAAUGUUAAUGAAGUUUUUAAGUAUCUAGCGGACAAAUAUCUACAGCGACUCAAGCAACAGUCAGCAGAGGAGCCAGAGGCCGUUCACACAUCCAGCAAUAAAAUAGGGGUUUUCAACACUACUGGUGGCAGCCACCCGAACCAGAACUCCAGUGAUCUGAACGGCUGUGAGGUCAUAAACCUGCGACCAAACAAGCAGAGGACGAAGAAGGCAAAAAACCCUUUCGGUAGCUGCAGAUUGCUGUAGACUGUCUCGUGUUAGAUGGUAUGCCUUGACUGCCUCGUUAGGAUUGUUGUCACAGGUGAUGAGAGGCUUCAUUAGCACUAAAGAGAAGUCGCAUGUCCACUCUGAACAUGCAGAGCAGAUCUAUUUCAAUUCUGUGGUCACAUCUGUUGAUUUCAUACAUGUCGUUGACUCCUGUGAAAGAGCCUCUUAUGAGGUGACCGCUGCUGGCUGAAUGUUUGGGAGCGAGAUCUCUCUGGUGGCUGCAAGAGCUUAAAACACUAGUUUGAAAAUUAAAAACAGUUUUGCUAAAUCCUUAUAGGAGAAGUUCACCCAAAAAUAACAAUAAUGUCAUUGUUUACUUGCCCUGCUGAUAUGCUGACAUUUUUCUGUGGAACAAAAAAGUUGAAUUUUUGAAGAAUCUUUGUGCCGCUUCAUGCUGAAGAGAAGAUUUUUCAUGAAUGAAAAAAAUUAAGACCUUAAAAUCAUCACGUUUUUCACACAGCUAUCUAAUGUCUUCAGAAGACUUGGAAUAUAGCGCACGAGGCACAUGGACUACAUUCAUGUUGCAUUUAUAGUGUGUUUUUGGACAUUUUUACGGCUUGACAGCCGUUGCCACUAUGACCUGUCAUUGUAUAGAAAACGGUUACGUGAAGAUUCUUGAACAAAUCUAUUUUUUGUAUAUUAGGGAAAAAUAACAGCAUAUGGGGUAGUAAUGUUAUGAGAGAAAGUAAAUAAUGACAGCACUUUUCUUUUUUUUAAAGAAAACUUUUCAUUAAAAGUGUUUAAAUUCUGCACCACUAGUGACACCAACUUAACUGGAAUAAUAUUGUUUUUCAAACACUCCCCCAUCUGCAGUUUGGAUAAACAUGUCUGCCUCCAACUCACGCCAUUGGCUGAGCCAGUGUUGUUAUGUCCCGCCAGUCAUUCCGUUCAAAAUCAUAUUGCAGUUGCUUUUGGUGACACUAAUGGAACAGAAUGACACAUUUUAAAGUCGUAAGACAUGUUUCAUGGUCCUAAAAGUCAAAUACUCAUGACUCAGUGACUGAUAAUAAAGUGAAGUUCGAAUAAUAUAGUUUUGUACAAAUAUUGACAUUUUUAGACACUCCACUUAAUCACAUUUGAACAGUGUUUGUGGUGGGAUUUUAAUUUGAUCUCCCCACAUGAAAGAUUUAAAAGACUUGUAGGAAUAUAUUUUCUCACAAUCAAAUAUUUAGUGAGUUACUAAGAUGUGCAUUAUUUCAAUGUGGUACACAGCAGGGUAAUGUUUCAAUGAGAUUACUUCUUCAUUUUUACAAAACACCAUUUGUGCAUUUUGACUGUUCGUCGUUUGUGCAAUAUGUUUGUAUUGAUUGAGAUACAUCUUUUGCUAUCACAAUCUUCCCUUAAAAGUAAAGUUCAUUUGUAGGAUGAACAUUUUCAAACCAUGUUCUAAUAGGUAUUUUUGUAUAAAACAAGAGUUAUAAAUGAAUGACUUACUGAAAUCCAUAACACAACACAGUGCCAAAAUAUUUGUAAACUCUACUUUUAAGAAAUGUAAAUAGCAUUAAUGAAUGAAGAACUCUACAAGAUUUCUACAAUAUUUCAAAUAAAAUCAACAUCUUAGAAACACAUUAAUAAUAUCAUCUGAAGCUUUGACCUAUUCUAACAUAAUGCAAGACAUUUCAUUAGAACAGGGAUGGAGAACGAGGAGAAAUGCAAACAUAUUCUUAUGGGAUAAUUACUUCAUUUAAUUCAACAUAGCUAAAUGUAUAUAUAAAUGCAACAUUAAAAUAUAUAUCAUAUUCAUAUUAUAAUUUCAUAUUUAUUUGCUAUUAAGUUGUUUAAAAAUGUAUUGUUUUCUUUUUUUUAAAUCAACAGAAGCCAUAUUUUCAUCCAAACAGUCAAUGUUGUCAAUAAUACAUUAAAAAAAUAUUAAUUUAAACUACUUUGGUUAAAAUUAUUUUACCAACUCUUUUUAUUUUUUUUUACUAAUAAAGUUCACCGAUAUAUCGGUUUUACCAGCCGAUAGUUGCUUUCUUUUUUCUUUAUUCCACUGUGUUCCUAUACACAUACAAAACCCUUCAUCUGGUGAAUGUAGGCCUAUAGGUUAUAAAAGGUUUAAUUUAAUGUUGCAUUUUAUCUUAACAGCAAAAUCCUUGCAAAUAUUCUGUAAAUAUUCCAUAAAUAUCUCUUAGCCCUUCCACUGCUGCAUGUUCAUGCACACAAAUCAUUAUGUUGCUUACAUUUCAAUAUUUUUUUUUAUUAUUAUUUUUUCAUUUUUGCAUUUGUGUUAUAUCAAACACUCAGCUUAAAUUUAUGAUGUUAUAUUAUGUGAAUUACUUGAGUCAAUAUUCUUAAUUGGGAAGUAAAUACACAUACAUUUUAAAUGGAUUACUCUUGAACAUACUCUGAGCACCAUGAAAUUCUGAUGAUUUUAUUAAUAUAAUUCUAAAACUAAUUGGUUUAACAAAAUGGCCUUUGAAUAACAAUGAUAAUUCACACAUCACCCAUUAAACCUUGAGCUAAAUUGCACUGAUAUGAAAUCAACUUUGAUCACAGUGUUAGACUUUAUAUUUGUUCAGGAAUUCACCCAAGUAAACAUUAAACAAGAGUGAUGUUUGUGUGUGAAACUAUUUGCAAAAAAAAUGCAUUUACAGAGGAUUUAUGACUAAAAACUGCCUCCCAAACUAACAGAGCCUUAAACACUAAAGCCAUUCGAACUAGAGUAACUAAUCAUUAACUAAUCAUUUACUUGAAUAUAUGAAUAACUGAUUAGAUGUGUGAAUUAUGUAAACUCUAGCAAACAAAAUGCAUUACAUUUCCCAAAAAGUUAACAUUGAGGGUGGAAUAUAUUGAUUUUGUAAGGGAUAAUGUACUGUCAUCACAAAAUAAUCUUGUAUCCCUGUGAAGGGGUUUAUUUUGUGAUAAUUACCAUCUGACUGUACAUUAUCCUCCGUAUACUUACCAAAUAAAUGAAUAAAUGGACAUGAAAUAUUGAUUUUGAGUUUUUUCUGUUCUGUGUAAAGAGAUCAUAGAUUGAUACGAGAGCCAUGAAAACAGCACAGCUUUAUUAUACAAAAGGAUUUGAUGUCAGAAUCAUUUCAUAGAGCCAUGUAACAUAUAUUUUGCUUUGUAUAUUUUACAAAUGAAUCGGCUGAUUCAUUUGAUUUCAUUCUGAUUCAUCUGUGCAGAAUUGUUCACCCCCUCACCACCAGUUCAGAAUUUGACCUGUGAAAGGGAAACAUCCAACAGGUUCUGUGGUCCAAUAAGAAAUUCAUGGGUCUUAAUGUUUGAUUGAAUGUAUUUAUUCAUGAAACGCAUGCCUUGCUUUUGUUUACGUUUGAAUGUGGAACCAUGGUACUUUGCCACGACGGCCAUUACGUUUACAUUGCUGAUCAGCUUUGCGUUAACUGACUCAUUCAUUCUUGAUUUAACAGAUUUUUUUGAUUUUCAUAUUAGCCUCAAAUGAGCGAAUACAUGGUGACACUACAAUGGACUGAAGGCACUUUGUUUAUCUAGGAUAUAAUCUACCUAUCAAUGUCUAAUAGUAAAACUGUUCUGUCUGUAGUUUUCCAGUUAUAUUUUUACUGGUGUAAUAUAUACAGUACAUGACUUUCCGCAGCCACUACUAACUAAAUAUUUCAAUGAGCAGAGGUGUGAUUUUUUUUUUUUUUUUUUUUUUCCCUCACUGUAUAUGAUUAGGAUCAUUACAAGACUGAUGUCAUUUCUUAUGUACCACUCAGUUCCGCAGGUGAUACUUUGAUCUGUUCUGUUUUUGGUUUAUUGGAUGGUUGUCAAAAGAGGAAAAUAAAGCUUCUAUUGUACCUGUUUGCUUUCAUUGAAUUUUCAGUGAUCACCUACAAUAUGCAUGGCUAUAAAAUAAUUUUGAAAAUGUGUUUUAUACUUUUUUUUUUUUAGCAAAGAAUUUGCAAUCUAUACAUGCAUAGAGUCAUAGUAAGUUUAGAACAUUAGUUCCGACUACGGUAAUUGGAUGAGCGGUGUCAAAGCCACUGUCAAAUGCAGAUAAACGCAGACAUGACAUUGCACAUUCUAUGUAUUAAUGUGCUAAAUUACGUUGCUUGGCAAUCAUAAACAGCCUACAGAAUGAUCUGACUUAUUAUUAUUGUUAAUAUGGAAUAAUUGUUUAUUAAUGUUAAUAAA